AUGCUAAGGGCCGCACCUUUCUCAUCACUGGCCCAAGCGUCGCCCGCAGAACUGAUACUCGUUGCCCGCCCCGAGGCCAAGGUGGCGCCGGUUAUUGAGGAGAUCAAUACUAUUGAUCCGUCUAUCCGGGCCACCUUUGUUGCCGUGGAUGUCGCCAAACAGGACAGCGUUCGAGCUGCGGCUGCAAGUAUUCUGGAAGACCCAAAGAUUCCCAAGAUUGACGUUGUGAUCAACUGCGCCGGCAUUAUGUAUCUCCCGGAAUUCACAACCGACGCCAAGGGGAACGAGCUACAAUUCAGUUCCAGCCAUAUCGGUCACUUUCUUCUCGCGAAUUUACUGAUGCCCAAGAUUCUCGCCGCUGGUGAGAAUGCCCGCAUCAUCAACAUCGCGAGCCACAGACAUCAGAUCUCCGACGUGUGGCAAUCCAAGACCGCAAACAUCUUAUUCCCCGUCGAAUUAGCUCGCCAACUAAAGAAUCGCGGGAUUGUGUCUCUAUCUGUCCACCCUGGAAGCAUCGCAAAUACUGGCCUCUUCAACUACGUCCCCAUGACAGAGUUCGACUCGGGUGACAAGAUAUCUAGAAAGAACACCGGGUUGCCUUUUGCAAUUGACACGUCAUUCAAGACGGUUUCUCAGGGAUGCUCGUCUGCUGUGGCGGCUGCGCUGAGCCCUGAGCUUGCAGCCAACAGCGGCUCAUACAUCCAGAACUGCCAGGUCGGAACGCCGCGAGAGUACGCGCUCUAUGGCUAG